AUGCCCAUCAUUGUGCGAGUACCCGAUGGCAACUUCCACAAUAUUGAUGUCACGUGGGACAAAAACAGAUGUGAGGUUGAAGAAGCUCCCGAGAAAGUACAAGAGGUUGCAAAAGCUGUCUGUGGAUUCGUGCGGAAGGAUUUGGCCCCGAACUUUCUCUUGCAAGAUCGUCCGAAUGCUACUGUCCGGCAGAAAGUCCUUAACGAAUUGUCAAAUGCAGCUGAGAGGAGGAUUAAAGACCUUAAAGAUAGGGCUCAAAGGCUCCUCAACAUCGAGGAGGACGCGGUGGGAAAAUCCCUGCAGCAGCUCAAAGAUGCUCAGGCUGCCAUCCCAAAAAAUCAAGCGGCAAUAAAUGCAGCUCAGCAAAAGUUCAAUGACAACGAAUACAAGAGAGACGAAUUCCGCAAAUUCAUUACGCAGCAUGUCCCAGCACUAGACAAGCUUGAAUGGCCGUCGGUGAAACACCCCGUGGCUGUACAUGUCGCAUUCGAGGGCCAGCAUCGAUUCGCCACUGGUACCGGCUUCCAAAUUGCCCCCGGGAUUGUCAUGACGGCACAGCACGUUCUGGAGGGGGCCAGCAAAACGGAGUGGCAAGAAUACUUGGCCUAUUUCCAUCUCCACAACAAAGUGCGCUCAUCGCAAAGCCAACAAGCAAGUAAGUGGCCUUCGUGGCUGCCAUACGGAGGAAGAACCGAGACUGUGAAGACUUACUCGGUUCAGCAUGGGUCGGCCCAUCGCAUUGAGAGGGUUAUUUUGCGCGGACUCAAGGAUUUGAACGCUGUCAGCCCAGGCGCUCAACGAGCCCGCAAGAUAUCAGAGAAGCUGUCAGAAAUAGUCGAUCAUGACGUGGUGAUCUUGCAACUGGAGCGUUCUCAACAAGAGUUUCCUGCUGUCUCCCUCGAGCUGACCGACACUCCGCCGCGGGUAGACACUAGCGGCUUCAGGCCAGUCUAUGCUCUUGGCCAUCCCCAUGGUGUACCUAUGAAGUACACCGGUGCUCACCGAGACGAGAACGACAGGUAUAGUUCGCGGCCAGGUAUAAUCGCAGCACCAACCCCUGACACUCCGAGAUGGCUGCAUAGUUGUAUCGCGGCGGACCUGGACGUAUUUGGUGGUAACUCAGGUGGUCCAAUGCUUGCGUCGAAUCCACCUGACUCUCCAAAAAAAGUCCUGGGCAUAGCUCGUCACGCCCCCCACGAAGUGAUUUCAACAUUCAAGACUCGGCUGACGCCUUUUUGGCAGGCACAUAACAAAUGGAUCUGGGACCUUGGUACACGAGCUGGUCGCAAGGAUGAUGACCUUCGGAAGUUUGUGGCAUCAUUUCCCCCAACCUUCGAAGGACUGGCUAUGGAUAAGGAUCGCCGAGUCACCUGGGAGCAAUUCCUUCCAGAUGAGGACAGCCUGAAGGAUAUGUGCGCCUUUAAUCGGGUUGACCUCUUUUACCCCUUCCUGAACCCGCUCGAUAAGUUCCUUCAGUCUGGCGACCGCGCUGUACUUGUGGAGAUGACUCUAUAUCUAGAGUCGAGCAAAAAAGAUCUGGAACUGCAGCCAGUCCUCAUGACUGGCUCGGCGAGUCGCGUCCUCGGCCACGAGAGGGCUUGGAAGAAGUGGACAGAGGAAUCGCUUCCAGGCGAGGAGAUCUCCACUCUCACCUUCCGGUGGCGACGUCUGUUCAAGUCAACGGGCGAUUUAUCAAAAGGCUUUGAGAGCCGCAAGUCUCCAGCUGGGGAAGGAGAUCUGCCGAAUGAACUGUUUCUUGGGCAAGGAGGCAUCGCCCUUUGGGAUAAGUGCAUCGUUAGGACACCUGCUCCUGCAGGGCUUAGUGACAAAGGCACUGAAUUGUCGGGCGGUAAGAUUGAGGUCUCCUUUGGAUACAGGUGUCAAGAUCCCGAGGAUGCAACCAUUUUUCUAGGCCGGUUGAACUUCAACCACAACCUUGGAAAGACUGAGUGGACCGUGAGUAGAUCGUUCCACGUCGAUUGGCGAUUCACUAACAAAGUACCCAAGGCACACAUCGGAGAGACAGUCCACGGUGGCUUAGCUUGGCUGCCGCCCAUCAAAGGCAAGGUAGAUGCGAGGACGAAGUCGAAGGAAGAGGAAAUGGAUGAAGUGAUGCAAAUGAUCGUUGAUGAUUAG